UUUCUCCCGGGCUGGGCUGACGGCCGCGGCCGGGAAGUUCGGGAGCGUGCGGGCGCCGGCGGCCGUUCGAGCGGCAGGCAAGCAAGAUAUUGUGCUGCUAUCCAGUUGUCAUAGUUGAUUUCACUCUACAAAUCUUCAAGAUUCCUACUGGAGUGAAAGUGUCAGUUGUGAUAAUGACAACUGAAGUUGGUUCAGAGACCGAAGUAAAGAAGGAUUCUGAGCAGCUGGGACCAGACAAAGCCAAGGACAAGCCUGAAGAAACAUCAGAAACUCCAGGAGAUCAAAAGUCCAAUGAAACAUCCUCUGGAGAAGCUCAAGAUUCUUCUGUCCCAGCACCAACCAGCCAAAGUAGUCCAAGCAGCCAGAAGAAGGAAAAAUCUUCACCUGAAAGCAAGGGUAUUUCUCGUUUCCUUCCCCCUUGGCUUAAGAAACAAAAGUCAUACACCUUGGCAGAGCCCAAAGAUGAGCCCAAGAAGAGAGCCACAGGGGAAGAGCAAGUAGUGGAAGAAAGUGAAAGCCAGGCACCAGAGGGGGUGGCUCAGCCAAGAAAGAGCUUGGAAGAAGCAACUGAAAACCGGCAGAAUGCUAAAGCAGAUGACAAAGAAAAACACUCUGUUAGCAGUGCUGAAAUACAGCCUUCCAAAGAAGAUGGUAAAGAAACAGAAGUAGAGGAAGUUGCAGAGAAAAAUGAAGAAAAACAAGAAGAAAAAGAAAAAAGGGAGACAAAAGAAGUGCAGACAGCUGAAAUUAAAAUAGAUACCAUUCCUCAGAAGUCUCCAAAGAAAAUCAAAACUGUGCAGUGUAAGGUGAUGCUUCUGGAUGGCACGGAAUACAGCUGUGACCUAGAGAAAAGAGCAAGAGGACAAGUGCUGUUUGAUAAAGUAUGUGAACACCUCAAUUUACUGGAAAAGGACUAUUUUGGGCUGUUGUUUUAUGAGAAUUCAGAGCAGAAGAACUGGCUAGAUUCUUCGAAGGAAAUAAAGAGACAAAUUCGAAGUCUACCUUGGAUAUUCACCUUUAAUGUGAAGUUUUAUCCCCCUGAUCCGUCACAGUUGACUGAAGACAUCACUAGGUAUUUCUUGUGCCUACAGCUUCGCCAGGAUAUUGUAUCUGGCCGACUGCCAUGUUCUUUUGUGACUCACGCCCUCCUUGGUUCAUAUACCCUGCAGGCUGAGCUGGGUGAUCAUGACCCAGAGGAGCACAGCAGUGAUUAUAUCAGUGAAUUCCAGUUUGCACCCAAUCAGACUCAAGAAAUGGAAGAGAAAGUGGCUGAGCUACACAAAACACACAGGGGCUUGACUCCAGCACAGGCGGAUUCCCAGUUCCUAGAAAAUGCUAAGAGACUCUCCAUGUAUGGAGUGGAUUUACAUCAUGCCAAGGACUCUGAAGGUGUGGAUAUCAUGCUGGGUGUAUGUGCUAAUGGCCUGCUGAUUUACAAAGACAGACUCCGCAUCAACCGCUUCGCUUGGCCAAAAAUUCUGAAGAUUUCCUACAAGCGAAGUAAUUUCUACAUCAAAGUCAGGCCAGCAGAACUGGAACAGUUUGAGAGCACCAUUGGGUUCAAACUGCCAAACCAUCGGGCUGCUAAAAGGUUAUGGAAGGUUUGUGUGGAGCACCAUACUUUCUUCAGACUUCUAUCACCAGAACAGCCUCCAAAAGCGAAGUUCCUGACCCUGGGUUCCAAGUUCCGCUACAGCGGCCGAACGCAGGCGCAGACACGACAGGCCAGCAACCUCAUAGACAGACCUGCUCCGUACUUCGAACGCACCUCCAGCAAACGUGUUUCCAGGAGCCUUGAUGGAGCUCCCAUGGGUAUUUCAGACCAAAGUCUUCUAAGAGACUUCUCUGCUACUGGAGGGCAGGCUGCUGGAGAUAAAAUCAUUGAUCUCGAAGCUGCUGGUCAGGCCAAGUUAAAAGAUGGUGGCAGAGAAGAAGAUGAAAGUCCACUCAAAACUCCACAAUUAGAAUUGACUCAGGAUGGAAAGAAUUUUUUUCUUCAGCUCACUCACGUACACCCAUCACCACUGCCCAUCCGUUCUGUGUCACCCCAUCUCACAAACUUGUCACCUGUCCCUGAGAUCGACAUUCUUUCAGAUAUUUCAGAGGAAGAUCCCUUUGAAGAGCCCCUCCUUACCAUUCCAGACAUUUCAGAGUGCAGUUCCAUGGAACAAACAUCAGAUCAUAAUAAAACCAGAACAGCUUCACCAAUUAAUACCUUUGAACCUAUGAGACCCCUAGCUAGUCGAGGCUCCCCUGCUGUUGAGGGAAGAAUCCAUGCAAAUGACUACAAAAGCACUCAGCUCUGCGUCUCCUUCAGCUUCUUCAGAUGCCUUUCUUUUAGUUUCCGUUCGCUGCUUGAUGAGGAUGGCUAUAUUACUUUUCCUAGCCUUCCUGAUGUUUGCAUUUCUUUCCUCCCACCUGGCCUUCAGCACUACAUUCCUAUUACCUCUCCUUCCUUCAUCCCCUCUUUUCUCCUUGUCUUUGUCCUGCUUCUGUCUGCUUUCCAGUCUAUUCCUUUUUCACUCACAUUUUCCCUUCCUCUCGCUCUGUCCCUCUGCUACCUGGAGCCUAAGGUGACUUCCUUUAGUAGCUCUAAUGGCAAUGACCUGAAUGACAAAGCAGAGGAAGAGGAGGUGGAAUACGAAGAGGAGGAAGCACAGCAGAAGGACCUGGAUAAGACCCAGGACGACUUACUGAAACACCAGGCUAGCAUUAGUGAGCUCAAGCGCAAUUUCAUGGAAUCCACGCCCGAACCACGCCCAAAUGAGUGGGAAAAGCGGCGUAUCACACCUCUGUCCCUACAGACACAAGGGAAAAAAGGAGACCACAUUUUCCAAGUGAAAACACUGCCUGGGAAGGAGAAACAAUGGAUUACAAUGCCAUGGAUUGCUGGAGCAAAACCAGAGGAAACCGAUCAGAGCCUGGAAGAGGAGAUAACCUCCAUUUUGUUUAGUAAGGAGCGCUUCGGCGCCGGCACCAGCGGGCCCUUCGCCGCCGCCAGCCCGGGGCCAGCAGAGGGCGCUGCGGGGGAGCAGACGGGCGCCGCCGCGCCGGGGCCCCAGAGACAUGCUUCCAGAGCAGAAGGGCCUUGUACUGGAGUCAGCGAUGCUGAUAAGAGUUCACAUGAGACUCUGGACAUAGUGGAGGAGAAGAAGCAGGCAGAGUUUGGGAUAGAAGAAACACUAGUCGUAGACGAAACCAACAAGGGGAAAAUGCAAGUUGCCACUGAUGCUGGGGAGACAUGUAAGGUGGAGCACGUGUCAAAAAAGGACUCUUCAUCAUUGCCAUCAGAUAGUAGCAGCAGCAGCAGUAGUAGUGAGAGUGAGGAUGAAGAGGUGGGAGAAUACCAUCCACAUCAUAGGGCAAUUGAGGAAGUCAUCAGGGAAGAACAGGAAGAAGAGGAAGACAUGAAAAGGAAAGAACAUGAAGAAAAUACGCAGCACGUGGAAGCCAUACCCGAAGGCAGUAAACUAAAUGUACCAGUUGAGCACACACAAGUUACAGCUGAAGAUUUGGUCCAGGAAAAUACAGUUACUGUAGCUACAGAAGAGAAGAAUUUGUCAGAGCAAAUUAAGCAAGAUGUAGGUGAAGAAAAAGAGGAGGAACAGCUGAAACUCAAUGGAGAUGUGUCUCAUGUUGACAUUGAUGUUGCACCACAAUUAAUUUGUUGUUCUGAGCCUCCAGUAGUGAAAACAGAGAUGGUAACCAUUUCAGAUGCCACGCAGAGAACUGAAAUCUCCACUAAAGAAAUUCCAAUUGUUCAAACAGAAACUAAAACUAUCACAUAUGAAUCUUCACAGCUUGAUGGCAAUGCUGUUGGUGAUACUGGCGUGCUGGUGAGUGCACAGACAAUUACAUCAGAGUCCAUUUCCACUACCACAACUACACACAUCACAAAGAUGGUGAAAGGUGGUGUAUCAGAAACGAGAAUUGAGAAGCGCAUUGUCAUUACUGGAGAUGCAGAUAUUGACCACGAUGAGGCCCUGGCACAGGCAAUCAAGGAAGCCAAAGAGCAGCACCCUGACAUGUCCGUGACGAGAGUGGUGGUGCACAAAGAAACCGAACUCGCUGAGGAAGAUGAAGACUAAAAUCAAAAAUACUCUGAAGCAAAUACUUCAG